AAGUGUUCGGCUCUAAUAUAUAUUGGCUUGGUAAGGUCUAUUUUGCAGACUCUAAAAGGCUCAAAUAUAGACCGAAGGCUUUGUCCUUGCCUUCUAAACCAAGAACAAAAACAAGUUUUAGUUUCUGAAGCAAAAGAAAAAAGAGAAAAACUCCAAAUAGAGAAGAAAACCAGAUAGAAAAAACAUAAGCGGCACUGGAAAGCAUAAUGGCAGGAAGUUCAUGCAAGGUUGCCUUUAUCUUGGUCGCUUUUGCCAUUACUAUUCCAUGCCUUGAGGCUGGCAUUGCCGCGUUCGACGAAUUUCUCCAAGAAAAAGCUGUAGAGGCCCAUGAAAUCGCUAUUAAAUCCUACGUGCCUGACCCUACAAACGCUACUACCCACCAAGAUAUUCAUGAUGACGAGGAUUUUAAGAAGAUGUCAAAGAAGUCAAACAACACAAGGAGGGAGCUGAAGCAGAAUGAGAAGAAGAAAUACCAUGGACCUUGCUUGGCCCUGAACCCAAUCGAUCGUUGUUGGAGGUGCAAGGAAAACUGGGCCAAAAACCGUUUUAAGUUAGCCAGUUGCGUGAAGGGUUUUGGAAGAAGGGCCAUCGGAGGAGCCAACGGCAAAAUCUACACUGUCACUGAUCCCUCUGACGAUGAUCCCGUUAACCCAAAACCAGGAACCCUACGCUACGCGGUUCUACAAAAGGACCCACUGUGGAUCAUAUUUUCACGAAGCAUGGUCAUCAAGUUGAAUUACGAGUUGUUGAUUUCUUCUGACAAAACCAUCGACGGUCGCGGGUACAGCGUGGUGAUCAAGGAUGGCGCAGGCCUUACCAUGCAGUUUGUGAACAACGUUAUUAUCCAUGGGCUUAAAAUACAUCAGAUCAAGUCCACGUCAGGUGGCAUGAUCAGGGACUCUUGGGACCAUGUCGGAAUAAGAACAAGGGCUGAUGGGGAUGCCAUCUCCAUUUUCGGCUCUUCAAACAUUUGGAUCGAUCACAUCUCACUCGCUGAUUGCGAAGAUGGUCUCGUCGACAUUAUCCAGGGAUCCACUGCAAUCACCAUCUCAAAUUGCCACAUGACCAAACAUAACGAUGUGAUGUUGUUCGGAGCGAGCGACACUUUCUCCGGAGACAAGAUAAUGCAGGUGACAGUGGCAUUCAACCAUUUCGGGCAGGGUCUGAUUCAGAGAAUGCCCAGAUGCAGAUGGGGUUUCUUCCAUGUGUUGAACAACGACUACACUCACUGGCUGAUGUAUGCAAUUGGUGGGAGCUCAGGGCCAACGAUUCUGAGCCAAGGAAACCGGUUCAUUGCACCAAACAACGACGCUGCGAAGAUAGUGACGCACAGGGACUAUGCACCCUCUUCUGAGUGGGAGAAAUGGCAAUGGAGAUCAGAAAACGAUGUCUUCAUGAAUGGGGCUAAGUUUAUUCAGUCAGGGAAACCUCUUGGAAAGCUUCCAUUUAACAAAGGGUUUCUCAUGAAACCUAGACAUGGGUCACAAGCCAACAGGCUCACACGCUUUGCUGGAGUCCUCAACUGCAAGGUGGGAAGCCCUUGCUAGAUUAGUGGAUUAAGGUCCAUGGCUUCUUAAUUAAUAUCUCAUAAUGCUUAAUUAAUCAUUAAGCAAACUAAUAAUACUUAGGUAAUCCUCUAGGCUCUACUGUAAGCAGUAGCUCUUCUGCUUUAGACAGACAAUACUUCUGCUUUAGACAGACAUUAUUAGAGGAUGUCUUUCACAAUGUUUCUUUCAUCUCCAAAUUUCAUUUGUAUAAUAAUAGUAUCAACAUUUACAA